UUUGGAAUCUGGGCGGUCGGAGAAUUGUGUUUCUCUCACGACAAUGGGGCGCCAUUCUUGCUGUCUAAAGCAGAAGCUAAGGAAAGGGCUAUGGUCGCCGGAGGAAGACGAAAAGCUCUUCAAUUACAUAACAAGAUUUGGCGUUGGCUGUUGGAGUUCAGUCCCCAAACUUGCUGGUUUGCAGAGAUGCGGGAAGAGUUGUAGACUGAGAUGGAUCAAUUACUUGAGACCCGAUUUGAAGAGGGGAAUGUUUUCUCAACAAGAACAGGAUCUUAUUAUCAGUCUCCAUGAAGUUCUCGGCAAUAGGUGGGCUCAAAUUGCAGCUCAAUUACCGGGAAGAACGGAUAACGAGAUUAAGAAUUUUUGGAAUUCGAGCUUGAAAAAGAAGCUAAUCAAGCAAGGGAUUGACCCGAAUACCCACAAGCCAAUUAUCAACAUUCAUGAGAUUAAAGAGAAGAAGAUCUUUGAGGAUAAGGAAUUUGCUGAAAUCCCACCGGUUGAAGGACUUGGGAGUGGUAUCUCCGCCGUGAAUAACCAAGGCCCUGCAUUUCUCCUCGGCGGCGUUGAUUACUACGACGGUGGGGUAACGGCGGCGCCGAUUCGAGACCAUUUCAUGAACAAACAACCCUUGGAUUCCCUCUGUUAUUUCGAAUUCCAAACAGGGUUUGAUCCUUACAAUUUGUCCGACACGAACUCGAAUUUUGGGUUCAGUUCAAUGCCGAGUUUGACAAAUUCCGACCACGGGAGCUUGUCGGGGACGGAAUUUUCCGACAAUUCGGGUUCGAACAUGAGCAACUACGGAGGAUUCUACAUGAACAACAACAGCAACAACAAUGGAGUGGAUAAUUCGACAUUUUGUUCGUGGGAAAGUGAGAAUAAAUCGGACAUCUUUUUCCAGAAUCAUGUGAAUAAUAAUAACACUAAUAAUAAUAAUAAUCAUCAUAAUAAUAAUGGGAUAAAGUCCGAGGAAUUGAACCCAAGUUCUUCAGUGCUUGAUGGGCAGCUAAUUCAGAGCUAUCCAUUAACGUCGCUAUCACAAGACAUUGUUCGAUGCAAUUUUGAUGCUUUUUACCAUUUGUGAACUAAUUGUACAUUAUAUUCAAUCCUUUNAAAAAAAAAAA